AUGAAAGCUGCUCAGAUUGCGUUAGUUGGAGUCUUGGCCAUGCUGGCCGUCUUUGCGGGCGCGCAGGAUGCGAAGAUUGUGGAGCACGACCAGAACGUCAACCCGGAUGGUUCGUAUUUCUAUCGUUACGUCCUAACGGACGGUACAGAGGCACAAGAGCAAGGCGUUGGAGGCCAAUCGGCCACUGGUGGCUACAAGUAUACCUCUCCGGAAGGGGAAGUGAUAGAGAUCACUUACACGGCGGAUGAGAAUGGUUUCAAUCCGCAAGGUGAUGCUAUUCCGCAGCCACCUCCAAUUCCGGAUGCCAUUCUGCGGGCUUUGGAGUACAUCCGUACGCAUUCGAAACCUUUUAGGAAAUAA